AGAUCUGGGCUGGCAGGGAGAGAGCUUGCGGGUGCAGCCUGGCAGGUGGGAGCGGCGCGCGAUCCUGCAGGCCCGGGAGGCGCGUAUCCCGGCUCAGGCCCGGGCUGCAGGGAGGGCUGCAGGUGCGCGGCAGGAAGGCUCCCGGACCACGCCGGGCCUCCGGGGCGCCUCUCGGUCCGGCACGCGCAGGUGGAGGCGAGCGCGCGAGGCCGGGAUGCGGCACAGAGGGCGGCAGGGGCGCCCCCCGUAGCUGGAGCGGGCCGAGGAUGGGUGCCGCGGGGCGCGCCCGGGCGGUCCUGGCACCGCCGUGAGCUGGCGGCGCGCGGAGCCGGGGCUGGGCAAGCAGAGAGCCCGAGGCUGCGGCUCCCGGCGGGAUGCUGAGGGGACGGCGGCCCCGCGCCGUGGAUGAGACGCGCCCCGCGCGCGCGCCGGGACGUGGCCGGGGCCGCCCAGCCGCUGUGCCAUGGCCGCGGGCGCGCUGUCCAGCUCCCUCCUGGUCACCUGCUGCCUGACGCUGGCCCUGUGCACCCCCAGCCUCCCGCUGGAGACGCUGGCGCGGGCGCCCGAGCAGCCGGGCCCCGAGAAGCGCGAGCACUGGAGGGGCAGAGGCGGGGAGGCGCGGGCCGCGCAGGACGCGGGCAGCCCCGAGCCCCCGGACGAGUACGCGUACCCCGACUACCGCGGCAAGGGCUGCGUGGACGAGAGCGGCUUCGUCUACGCCAUCGGAGAGAAGUUCGCGCCUGGGCCCUCCGCCUGCCCCUGCCUGUGCACCGAGGAAGGGCCGCUCUGUGCGCCCCCCGAGUGCCCGCCGCUGCACCCGCGCUGCAUCCACGUCGACACGAGCCAGUGCUGCCCGCAGUGCAAGGAGAGGAAGAACUACUGCGAGUUCCGGGGCAAGACCUACCAGACCCUGGAGGAGUUCGUGGUGUCUCCCUGUGAGCAGUGCCGCUGUGAAGCCAAUGGAGAAGUGCUGUGUACGGUGUCUGCCUGUCCACAGACUGAGUGUGUGGACCCUGUUUACGAGCCUGACCAGUGCUGUCCCAUCUGUAAGAACGGACCAAACUGCUUUGCAGAAACAGCUGUCAUCCCUGCGGGCAGAGAAGUACAGACGGACGAGUGCACCAUUUGUCACUGCACCUACGAGGAGGGCACGUGGAGGAUCGAGCGGCAGGCCAUGUGCACAAGACACGAGUGCAGGCAAAUGUAAGGCUGAAUAAGCACAGACUGAUUUUUUAGGAUAUUUUACGAUGUGAACAUUCUAGAUGACUCUGAGUUUCAUCGGUCUAAAGAAAAUCAUCUUUGAUGAGGAAUAAUGGAAAAUUGUAGUUACUUUUGCUUUCCUUAGUAACAAUUCCUGAAAGAGAAGGAAAUGGAUGUAUUUCAAAACAUCAAGAACUCUGGGCAUAAAACUCCUCUCUAAAUAAAUGUGCUAUUUUCACAGUAAGUACAUAAAACACACAAUUAUAUAUAAAAUGUAUUUCUACAAUCCCUCUAUUAGAGCUUAUAUAAAUGUUUUCUAUAGACAGAUUAAAAAUGCUGUGCUGUGAACCAUCAUUGUGUACAUGCAAAUUUUUCUCUGUUCUAAUUCCAUCACUUGGGAUGGACUUUUAUUGUUGAUUCUUGAAAGAGAGCACCAUAAUUGCUCAUAAAAUGGUGAGCAAUAUUUCUACUGGAAUCCUGCCCAAAUUAUAUGUAACCAUGUGCUAUAUCUUUAGAACAUUUGGUCUCGUAUACAUAGGUAAUACUUUCUUCUUAUGAUAUCUGCUUUUUUUUUGCCAUUUUCACUCAUUUGGGAAAUAUAGGUACAAGUAUAAUACAUUUUUUCCAGUUCUUUCAGAACUCUCACACUGUGGGCCUAUGAUAAACAAAUACACAUAUUUAAUUUUUACUUACAUCAUUUACUUUUUCAGGCAUGACUUUAAAAUAAUCACAAACAUUGGGGAGUAGUGGGAGGGUAAAUUUUUAUUACUAUUCCCCCAUGCUAACACACUAAGACAGGGGAAUCACUGGAUUCUUUGAUGUGUGUUAAAAAAAAAACUUUCCAACAAUUCUAUAUAUACAAUCUAGACAUAGAACAAGGACCCCAGGAUCCGACAAUGGAUCUGUGUUGCUCAUUAGAGGGGUCAAUCAUCUUUCCCAGGAGAAACAUAGUAAAUGUUCAUUGUAAGCCUGUCUUUGUAAUCUUUCAAAAGCCAAGUGAGAAGAGAGUUCUGUCCAGUUCCAACCAAUUGGCAAUACUAAAGGCAAGCUGCAUCAUCCACUCUCUGUAUAUAUAAUUGAAGUGAUAGAUAAUUUCAAACUAACUAUAUUUCUUUUUGCACAGAGGAAAGAUGUCAUUUCAAUUCCUGCUAAUCUGAUGAGCAAAUAGCAAAUUAUAUUUCUGCCUCUAUCAGGUCUUAUAUGAACCUGAAGUGCUUAUAUUAAAAAGUGAGUUUAAUAGGACUAUUGGAAAGCAAAAUUAACACUAUUUGAUGCCAUUAAAAGUUUCCAUCCGCAUAUUAAUUCUAACAUUUUGAAUGAAUCACUUUGAAGACCAAUUGUAAAAGCAAAGCAAAAGGGAGUGAUUCAUCUUUAUUUUUUUGUAAAAGCAAAACAAAAGGGACUAAUUCAUCACAUAAAUUUUUGGUCUUUGGAACAAAAUGUAAUUUAAAAUUACAGCCAGGGGACAUUAUAAAAGCUGUCUUAAGAUAAGCACAGAAUACCCAUUCAUUAUGUGAGAAAGUAUUCAGGGGGCCAGAGGGAUGGUAAAGCAGAUAGAGAGCUUGCCUUGUUGCAGCUGCCACCUGCCACCACAUAAUGUGCCCCUGCACACAGAGACAGGAGCAGAUAUGGUGUGAUCCAUAUACCCCCCAGCCCCCCAAGUAAAUUAUUGAGGACUGAAAGUUGGUCAAGAACCAAUGAGACAUGCCAUACACAAAGCACACCACACACAGACUUUCAUGAAAAUACUCAGGGAAAGUAUUAGUUGUUCUCAGGUAUGAUCAAAUGUACCUUCUGGUACUAAUGGCGCUAGCCACUUUUUAAUCCACUAGAUGAUCAUCUCUCAAUUGUUCAUCGGUAAACAAUUUUAGACCAGGUCAAAAGAUAUUAUGAUUUUGACAACAAAUGGCACUUGCCUGCAUGGUCCUGCAUGGUCAUUAACACAUCUUAACAGCAUGUCAAGGGUCUCUUCUCUUCUGUCAAGUCAGUUGCGGAGAUUCAGCCUAAGAGACCACUCUCCCUGCUCCCUUUGGAAUCUGGUCCCUACCUUAAUGGGCAGUGAGCACUGGGUUCAUUGUAGAGGUAUCUUAAAUGUGGUGGGAAUUUCAGAAAGCCUGAUAUUUCGUUGUCUAUGACACUGAAAAAAGUUUUGGAAAACUGACUUUUACCCAUUCUAAGUAUGUUCAGCCUUGUCUGAGCGUUUUCCUGAAGAAUGAAGUUCAGUAGCUGGUCUUAUGCUAAAAUGACUCCUAUCUUCCUCUCUAAUUUGAAACCAUCACUGCUAUUUCUACUGCGGAACAAAAAAAUAAAACAAAUAUGGCAGAACUCGGAUUAAUAAUGCUAAUUCUCCAAUAAACAACAUGCUAUUUGCAGUUGUCUGCAAGAAACAUUCAUUUAUUACUACAGUCUUUCUAUCUUGCCAUUAAUUUAGACUUGUGCAACUGUAAAGUUGCACUGGGUUGAUAUUUUUAUUUUCCUCUUUUCCAAAAGAGCACUUUGUUAAAAUUACUAACAAUAAAAUUGUCAUAUGUUAAGAAGUUUAAUAUGUUUAAUAAGUUAGUUCAGAAGAAAAUAUGAAGCCAAGUUACUUGAAUCCAGAAUAUUAUGGUUCCACAGAAGUGAAAAGUCAGAAAUUCAAAUACAGAAGAUUUUUUAGAGCUAUAAUUCAUUUUUUAAACUUCAACUAAUCAUUUUAAUAAUUAUUACAUAAUCCUGGUAUUUAUGGAGAACACUUUAAAUUUUAACUAAAAUUUAAAAGGAAUUAUGAUAAUAGUGUAUUUGGAAAUUAAUAUGAAGCUCCUUAUAUAGGCAACAUGUUCUGAAAAUAGUCUAAUGGUAUUUAAUACUUUUCAAGUUAGAUUUUUUCAGCCACAGAUUCUUUCUAUUGUUUAAAACCAUACAUGUUUUUAUAUCUCAGAGACAUCUUGGGUAACUUCCAGAAUUUAUACUUCAUUCCUGUAUGAAACAUGUUAAAUGCCAUGUCCUUGAGACUGCUUUAGACUUCCUAGCAGAGAAGAGAAAAAUGAAUGUGUCCCUGACACCAAAUAACUUAUAUUACAGGAAACUAAUUUACAUUUUUUUAUUUUUAAUAUCUUCCACCUUUGUUUUUUCUUUUGAUUUUUAUUAAGUCAUAUAUAUAUAUAUAUAUAUAUAUAUAUAUUGCUUUUUGGGUUACACCUGGUGAUGCACAGGGGUUACUCCUCGCUCUGCACUCAGGAAUUACUCCUGGCGGUGCUCAGGGGACCAUAUGGGAUGCUGGGAACCAAACCCAGGUCGGCCGUGUGCAAGGCAAACACCCUACCCGCUGUGCUAUCGCUCCAGCCCCUAAGUCAUAUUUUAAAAAGUUGUUCAAACAGUUGUUUCAGGCAUACAAUGUUCCAACACUAAUCCUACCACCAGUAUUCCCUUCCCUCCACCAAUGUCCCCAGGUUCCCUCUUUACCCCCAGCUUUCCAUAAACAGGCAAAUAACCAAUUUAUUUGAUAUUACUUGCUCCAACAAAAAUUAAGGAAAUGGAAAAUGGAAUUAUCAGGAAAUAAAUCGAUAAAAGUCAAUCUGUGAUUAUUGAUUGCUAUAUAAUAUUAAUCUAUGUAAAUAAAUUCAAAUAAUUUAAUACAACAUGUUCUCAUUUACAUAACUAAAUUUUCAAUUUUGGCAUCUAAAAUAUAUUGCAUUAAAUUUUACUUUGUAUUUUAAUCUUAUACAUUUAUCUCUUUUGUUCAGUAAAACUAUAUGAAACAAACUAUACAUUUAAAAAUUUGCCUCAUCAUUAAUAUACGUAAAAAAAACUUCCCAUUUGCCC